AAUCUGUAUGUUUUAUUGAGAAUAGCGUCUUUUUGUCGUUGCCUUCGCCAGGAAAUCUUUCAUUAUCUAGCUUGUCGUAGUAAAAUCGAUUAAAUAAAUUAAUGCAUUUUACUAAAUAAGCUGCAAUCAAUAAGGUAACAUUUAUGAAAUAUUUAUUCGGAGUGUUCUUUUAAAGUUGUCAUAGGACAGGGCGAUAUUGGCGGAACUAUCUGAAGCGGGUGCAAGAUUAUUCGUAGAGAGAAGCUUUCGAUAUAUGUGUUGCCGCUUGAAAUGUAUGUUAACUCGUUGUUCAUUCGCUAAAUACUGAACUAUAGCCAAUCACAUCCUAGCUUACAAAAAUAUUUUGCGUCUCCACUAUCGCUCACAACUUCCGGUUAUUCCCUUCGUGUUGAGGUUUUUUGUGUAUCAUUGCAGACGAAUCUAACGAUUGCCGGGAAUAAUUAAUAUGAAAUAAUCUCCCAUAGUAAUGAACCUUGUUAUCGUAUUUUUAUUGGAUUAUUUUUAGAGUAGUCCUAGGUCUUAUUGGAGAUAUAAUAUUUCGUUCUUUUGCAGAUAAACCAUGCACCUGUAUCAACUAACCCUACAACGGGCAACGACAGUAACUCAUGCCGUCCAUGGCAAUUUCUCGGGGAAUAGUAAACAACAAGAAAUUAUAAUAUCAAGAGGAAAAAUUUUAGAACUGUUAAGACCAGAUCCUAACACUGGAAAAGUUCAUUCACUCCUUACUCACGAUGUUUUUGGUGUUAUUCGUUCCAUGAUGCCCUUCCGUUUGGUUGGUGGAUCGAAAGAUUUCCUCAUAAUUGGAUCAGACUCUGGCCGAAUCGUAAUCUUGGAAUAUCUUCCCACAAAAAAUCAAUUUGAAAAAUUGCAUCAAGAAACUUUUGGCAAAAGUGGCUGCAGAAGAAUUGUGCCUGGCCAAUAUUUGGCAGUUGAUCCAAAGGGAAGAGCUGUUAUGAUAGGAGCUGUAGAAAAGCAAAAAUUGGUAUAUAUUUUAAAUAGAGAUGCUCAAGCCAGACUAACAAUAUCUUCGCCCCUUGAAGCUCAUAAAGGUUCAACAUUGGUUUAUCAUAUGGUUGGUGUGGACGUUGCUUUUGAAAACCCCACGUUUGCCUGUUUAGAAAUGGAUUAUGAGGCCGCAGAUAACGAUCAUUCAGGACAAGCAGCACUUAAUACUAAACAAUCGCUCACUUACUAUGAAUUAGAUUUAGGCCUCAACCAUGUAGUAAGAAAGUUUUCGGAAUCACUCGACGAACACGCGAAUCUUCUAUUGCCUGUUCCAGGAGGAAAUGAUGGACCAAGUGGUGUUUUAGUGUGUGCUGAAAACUAUGUAACAUACAAAAAGUGGGGAGAGCAGCCUGAUAUUCGAUGCCCAAUUCCGAGAAGAAGAAACGAUCUAGACGAUCCUGAAAGAGGAAUGCUGAUAGUUUGUGCGGCAACACACAGAACAAAACAUAUGUUUUUCUUCCUUGUUCAGACAGAACAGGGUGAUGUUUUUAAACUAACUCUGGAAACUGAUGAAGACAUGGUUACAGAAAUGAGAAUGAAAUAUUUUGACACAUUACCUGUUGCCGCGGCUAUGUGUGUUCUGAAAACUGGAUUUCUCUACGUAGCUGCUGAAUUUGGACAGCAUGCGCUUUAUCAGAUUGCUCACUUAGCUGAUGAUGAGGAGGAGCCUGAGUUUUCGUCUAGUAUGCCUUUAGAUGAAGGAGAUACUUUUUUCUUUGCUCCAAGAGAAUUAACUAAUUUAGUUUUAGUUGACGAAAUAGACUCUCUCGCACCUUUAAUACACUCCGCCGUUGCUGAUCUUGCAAACGAGGAUGCUCCUCAAAUUUACACAGCUUGCGGACGAGGUGCCAGGAGUUCAUUAAGAGUAUUAAGACACGGUUUGGAAGUGACUGAAAUGGCUGUCAGCGAAUUACCAGGAAAUCCCAACGCUGUAUGGACUGUUCGAAAAAAUAGUCACGACCCAUUUGACGCAUAUAUCAUUGUAUCCUUCGUGAAUGCUACCUUAGUUUUAUCUAUUGGUGAUACUGUUGAGGAAGUUACUGAUUCUGGUUUCUUGGGAACAACGCCCACAUUGGCUUGUUCUUCAUUGGGAGAUGAUGCCCUUGUUCAGGUUUAUCCUCAUGGAAUUCGUCAUAUAAGAGCUGAUAGAAGAGUUAAUGAGUGGAAGACUCCAGGAAAAAAGGCUAUUUCUAAGUGUGCUUUGAAUGAACGCCAAGUCGUUAUUGCACUUUCCCACACGGAACUGGUUUAUUUUGAAAUGGAUUCUUCAGGACAGCUAAAUGAAUAUACUGAAAGGACUAAUAUGCCCUCUGAUAUUGUAUCUAUGUGUCUAUCAAAAGUUCCCCAAGAUGAGCAGCGUUGUCGAUUUUUGGCUGUGGGCUUGUCAGAUAAUACCGUUAGACUUAUAUCUCUGGAUCCUCAUGACUGCCUAUCACCAUUGGCAAUGCAGGCUCUACCUGCUCUGGCUGAGUCGCUUUGCAUGUUGGAAGUUCGAUCAGAUCUUGGUGGAAAAGAUGAUUCAGCGCCAAGAUUGAUGUUAAAUAUGGGACUACACAAUGGAGUUUUAUUAAGAUCACAAAUUGAUAGAGUAACAGGUGAUCUAUCAGACACUCGCACAAGAUACUUGGGCUCGAGACCAGUGAAGUUAUUUACUAUAAAAGUACAAGGACAUGGCGCAGUUUUAGCAGUAUCAUCCAGAUCUUGGCUAUCAUACUCGUAUCACGGAAGACAACAUUUAACACCUCUUUCGUAUGAAGCUCUUGAAUAUGCCGCAGGAUUUUCGUCUGAACAGUGUCCUGAAGGUGUUGUUGCAAUUGCAACGAAUACUUUAAGAAUUUUGGCUUUAGACAAGUUAGGUGUCGUUUUCAAUCAUGUUUCCACGAAAUUAUCACUUACUCCUAGAAAAUUUGUUCUUCAUUACGAGACUUGUCAAAUUGUCCUUAUUGAAACGGACCAUAAUGCCUAUACGGACGAGGUUAGAGAGCAGAGGAAACAACAAAUGGCAGAAGAAAUGGUAGAGGCCGCUGGAGAAGAAGAACAACAAUUAGCAGCUGAAAUGGCCACAUCAUUUCUGAAUGAAAAGUUGCCUGAUGUGGUUUUCGGGAGUCCUAAAGCUGGCCUAGGUUGUUGGGCUAGUCAAAUAAAAAUUAUGAACCCAUUAACUAGUUCAAUUGUAUCAACUGUACAAUUGCCUCAAGAUGAAGCUGCUGUAUCAUUGGCUAUGCUAAAAUUUACUGAAAGAGGUGGAGAAAUGUGGUUUGUUGUUGUAGGCGUAGUGAGGAAGUUGAUUCUUGCACCGAGAUCCAGUGAGAAUUCAUAUCUCCUUACUUAUGCUCUCUUAGAUAACUUUUCAAGAUUGGAAUUAGUUCAUAAAACUCCGGUGGAAGAUAAUCCAAGUGCGAUGGCUCCAUUUGAGGGAAGACUUUUGGUUGGCGUAGGAAAGCUUUUAAGAAUUUAUGAUUUAGGGAAGAAGAAACUACUUAGAAAAUGUGAAAAUAAACAUUUACCCUAUCAGAUUGUUUCAAUUACAUCAAUGGGAUCACGUAUUGUGGUUGGAGACGUUCAAGAAUCUAUUCAUUGGUUGAGAUACAAGAGAAGAGAUAACACCCUUAACAUAUUUUGCGAUGAUACAGUUCCCAGAUAUAUAACUUGUUGUGCUUUGAUUGACUAUUCAACAGUUGCCGCCGCCGAUAAAUUUGGAAAUAUUUCAAUUCUUCGAUUGCCAGCAGAUGUAAAUGAUGACCUUGACGAUGAUCCAAGUGGCCAGAGAGCUUUGUGGGAGAGAGGUGUAUUGAAUGGUGCCCCACAUAAACUUGUCUCCGUUUGCGAAGCUCAUAUAGGAGAGAUGGUUACAUCAUUACAAAAAUCAACCCUUGUUCCAGGGGGUUCUGAAUGUAUAGUUUAUACGACAAUUUCAGGAGGUAUAGGGGUACUGGUUCCGCUUACCUCACACGAAGAUUACGAUUUCUUACAGCAUCUAGAAAUGCACAUGAGACAAGAAUCAGCACCUCUCUGUGGGAGGGAUCAUCUAGCAUUUAGAAGUUAUUAUUUCCCGAUACGUAAUGUUAUUGAUGGUGAUUUAUGUGAAAUGUAUUCAUCGUUGGAUAUUUCGAGACAACAAAGUAUCGCCUUGGAAUUAGAUAGAACACCAGCUGAUGUAGCUAAGAAAUUGGACGAUAUGAGAACGAGGUUCGCCUUUUAA